CAGUGCGCAGGCGCGUCCCCGCCGGGGCUGCGCCGUCCCCCCGCCCCUUGCAGCCCCUCGGGCAGCGCCAUGUCGGGGGCCGGGGGCAAGCGCGCGGCGGGGGACGGGCCCGCCGGGCCCCCCGACAAGAAGGCGGCCCGGGAGGAGAAGACCACCACCACCCUCAUCGAGCCCAUCCGCCUGGGCGGUGUCUCCUCCACCGAAGAGAUGGACCUGAAGGUGCUGCAGUUCAAGAACAAGAAGCUGGCGGAGCGGUUGGAGCAGCGGCAGGCCUGUGAAGAUGAUCUGCGUGAGCGCAUUGAGAAGCUGGAGAAACGCCAGGCUACUGACGACGCCACCCUGCUCAUCGUGCAUCGCUACUGGGGCCAGCUGGACGAAAACGUGCAGGGGCUGCUGCGGCGCUGCGAUGGGGACGGGAUCCCUCCUGGCCCAGCUGAGCCUGUGGCUCCCACCCCCGAGGAACCCAGGCCUGAGCUCCCAGGGACCGAACUGGAGCCCGCCCCAGCCCCCGAGCCUGAGGGGCCUGACCGGAGAGGUGCUGCCGUGUGGGCCGGGGGCCCCCUGACAGGGCCGGCACUGGCCUUCGUGGCAGCGCUGGGGGCCAGUGGGCGGGAGGAGGUGGAGCUGCAGCUGCAGGGCCGUGUGGCCUUCUCCAAGGCCGCUGUGUCCCGCCUUGUGGCCAGCGCUGAUACUGCCCACCGCCGCCUGCAGGAGCUGUGCCAGCGCAUCCAGGCCUGCGAGGAGUUGGAGCCGCCAGAUGAGGGGCCAAAAAGCUCGAACCGGGACCUGAUGAAGGAGAACCGGCGCCUGCAGGACCUGACCAUGCAGCUGCAGGAGAAGCACCACCGCAUCUCGCUGGAGUAUGCGGAGCUGCAGGACAAGGUGAUGUCCUCGGAGACCAAGGUGCUAGAAAUGGAGACCACGGUGGAGGACCUGCAGUGGGACAUUGAGAAGCUGCGCAAGCGGGAGCAGAAGCUCAACAAGCACCUGGCUGAGGCCUUGGAGCAGCUGAACUCAGGUUACUAUGCCUCAGGCAGCUCUGGUGGCUUCCAGGGUGGGCAGAUCACCCUCAGCAUGCAGAAGUUUGAGAUGCUGAACGCGGAGCUGGAAGAGAACCAGGAGCUGGCCAACAGCCGCAUGGCCGAGCUGGAGAAGCUGCAGCAUGAGCUCCAGCAGGCUGUGCGCACCAACGAGCAGCUCAAGGUGGCGCUGCGCUCACUGCCCGAGGAGGCGGUGAAGGAGACGCUGGACUACAAGGUGCUGCAGUCGCAGUUCUCGCUGCUGUACAAUGAGAGCCUGCAGGUGAAGACGCAGCUGGACGAGGCGCGUGCCCUGCUGCUCACCACCAAGAACUCCCACCUGCGGCACAUCGAGCACAUGGAGAGCGAUGAGCUGAACCUGCAGAAGAAGCUGCGCACGGAGGUGAUCCAGCUGGAGGACACGCUGGCCCAGGUGCGCAAGGAGUAUGAGAUGCUGCGCAUCGAGUUCGAGCAAAACUUGGCUGCCAACGAGCAGGCGGGACCAAUCAACCGGGAGAUGCGGCACCUGAUCAGCAGCCUCCAGAACCACAACCACCAGCUCAAGGGCGAUGUCCAGCGCUACAAGCGCAAACUACGCGAGGUCCAGGCCGAGAUCAAUAAGAUCCGUAUGCAGUCCAGCAGUUUCCCGGCAGCCCCGGCAGCCCCCGCCCCCACCCCAGGGGCUGAGGAGGGUGGGGGGCCAGCCCCGGCGCUGGGGGGGCCGGCCAAGGUGGAGGAGGAGGGGCUGGUGGGGAGCCAGCCUCCCUCCCAAGAGCCCAAGAAAGAGCCCAAGGAGGCGGGGCCAAAGAAGGAGGAGCCUCUGCUGGGCCCCACCCUCUCAGAGGGGGGUGUUAUCAAGAAGGAGGAGGAGGAGCCGAUGGCAGCGGCCCCGGCCCCAGCCCCACAGCCCCCGUUGCCCCCGCCCCGCCCCCGUGAGCCCCCCCUGCCCCCACCCCUCAAGGCCGGGGGGGGCCGGGAACGGGAGCGGGACAGGGCGCGCUCGCGGGACCGGGAGCGGGACCGGGAGAAGGAGGCGGCGGCAGCGGCCGGGCGGGAGCGGGACCGGCCCAAGGGCCCCGACGACCCCAAGAAGAAGGACUCGGACGUGCUGAAGCAGCUGCGCGCCGAGCUCAAGAAGGCGCAGGAGAGCCAGAAGGAGAUGAAGCUGCUGCUGGACAUGUACAAGUCGGCGCCCAAGGAGCAGCGCGACAAGGUCCAGCUCAUGGCCGCCGAGCGCAAGACCAAGGCUGAGGUGGACGAGCUGCGGGGCCGGGCGCGGGAGCUGGAGGAGCGGGAGCGGCGAGAGAGCAAGAAGCUGGCGGAUGAGGACGCGCUGCGCCGCAUCCGAUUGGCCGAGGAGCAGAUUGAGCACCUGCAGCGUAAACUGGCCGCCACCAAGCAGGAGGAGGAGGCGCUGCUGUCGGAGAUGGACGUGACGGGCCAGGCCUUCGAGGACAUGCAGGAGCAGAACCUGCGGCUGCUGCAGCAGCUGCGCGAGAAGGAUGACGCCAACUUCAAGCUCAUGUCGGAGCGGAUCAAGGCCAACCAGAUCCACAAGCUGCUGCGCGAUGAGAAGGACGAGCUGGCCGACCAGGUGCUUGCCCUCAAGGCCCAGGUGGACGCACAGUUGCAGGUGGUGCAGAAGCUGGAGGAGAAGGAGCGGGUGCUGCAGGGGGCGCUGGGCACCGUAGAGAAGGAGCUGGCACUGCGCUCCCAGGGCCUCGAGCUUCACAAGAGGAAGGCUGUGGAGGCAGCCCAGCUGGCCGAGGACCUGAAGGUGCAGCUGGAGCACGUGCAGGCCAAGGUACGCGAGAUCCAGCCCUGCGUGGCCGAGAACCGGGCCGCCAAGGAGAAGGAGUCUUUCAACCUCAAGCGCGCCCAGGAGGACAUCUCACGGCUGCGGCGCAAGCUGGAGAAGCAGCGCAAGGUGGAGGUGUACGCCGAUGCUGACGAGAUCUUGCAGGAGGAGAUCAAGGAGUACAAGGCGCGCCUGACGUGCCCAUGCUGCAACACGCGCAAGAAGGACGCGGUGCUCACCAAGUGCUUCCACGUCUUCUGCUUCGAGUGUGUGCGGACACGCUACGAGUCACGCCAGCGCAAGUGCCCCAAGUGCAACGCUGCCUUCGGCGCCCACGACUUCCACCGCGUCUACAUCAGCUGAGCCCUGCCUGGGACCCCCCCCUCCACGGGGACCUCUGCCUGGGACCCCCCAUGACUUCCACCAUGUCUGCAUCAGCUGAGCACCCACAGACCUCUACUCACUUUCCACUGUGUCUCCAGCAGCUGACCGGCCCCCACGGACCCCCCAUCACAUCUACAUCAGCUGCAGGGACCCCUGUGGACUGCGCCACCCCCCCAGACCUUCCCAUGGCCUCCCCCACCACAGCUCCCACGUCUACACUAGCGGAAAGCCCCCCUCAGAGAUACCCCCCCUUUGACACCUCCUAUAGGCCCAUCUGCCCAUAGGACCCCCCACUGCUGUCCCCUGGGGUCUCCCAGUAGGAUCCUUAUGGCUUUGGAGGGGGGUCAUCUACCCCGCUCACCCCAGCGAAGGCCAAUCCCAGGUCCGUGGGGGGAGACAGGACCCAGUGGCCUUAUUCCCUGCCAGGGUCCCCUCAGUUCCCCCCCCCCCCCCAAAUCUCCAGGAGGUGGGGGGCAAGCAAGUGAACAGAUCCUGAGGGCAUAUCCACUCAGCUCUGCCCAGACCUGACCUUCAGCUUGUCCCAGUCUAGAUCCCCUCAAAGCAGACCAGGGAUCCAGGUCUCCCCCUCGGGAUCUGAGGUCUGAGCCAGUCCCCCUGCUCCUGCUGUCCUGGGCGGGGGGCAGAGAUUCUGGUGCUGGGCUUGUGGGAAGGGCUGGGAAUGCACUGGGGACCACAUCCUCCAGAGACCAAUUCAGGAUCCCAUCAAAUUCCUUCUUUCAAGCAGGUCCUGUGGGAGAUCCACUCAGUUUUUACCCGAGUGGCUCUGGUGAAGAUCCUGGGGGGAAGGGGUGGUCCAGCAAGUGGAUCCUGGUAGAGAUCUGGUUUGCGAGGGGUGGGGGUCCCAGGGAUUGGGUCCUCUCCUUGGGGGAGGAUAGACUGUCAUUGCCACGGACAAUAAAGGCACAUGCUGGGAUCCCA